AUGCAGGAAAAGAGACGUUCGACACUUCGUUACGAGUCUUUGUCUAAGGCGCGCAGACUCUUUUACAGCCUAAGUCGCGAGUCCAGUCCUUCACGGCACCCGCGUAUCAAGAACCUCGCUCCAACUUCAACCAUCUUCGAGACCAGUAUACCGAGAUUCAGGAGGUGCUGCAAGAUGGGCGCCAAACGGAAAAAAGAGAAUCCAACAGUGAGUGAGAAGGUGAUGGCGGUGGAGAACACGCGCAAGGCCGAUAUGGUCCGUGCUCUGCGAUGGAAACAUCCUACAGCAACCCUCGAUAAUGGGAUUCUAUCCGCGAAUGUCAACAGGACCUUAGACCGAGAACCUGAUUUGGCGCGCGAAGUACUCAAGCAUAUUCGGGAAGCCGUCCACCUCUCAGCGAACACCAAGCGAUCCCGCCAGAAGGUUGUUGGUCGAUUCAUUGAGUGUGAUACUACUCAAGGCAUCUUCCAGGAGUAGAACUGUUAGACCAUAUCUGUCCAUGUAUUCCAGCGAGGAGCAAAGGUGACGGAAAAAACGAUACGAACGACGAAGAGGAAGAGAGAGAAAAGAGGAAAGGGA